AACACAAGGUACUGCUCUAUGACCCGAUUAUGGGCUUGAGGGCCAAAUACUUAGAGAGGCAUGGAGCACCCCUGCAGUGCACCACACAGUGAGCUGGUUAAGGUCUUAUGAGUUUGGACAGAGUGAGGAAUGUGAACCUUCACACGGUCCUCUACAAGCUGCGAAAGGGAAAGCUCAUUAAAGUCUAGACUUGAGAGGGAGCAUGGAUUUGAGGGAGCACUGCUGCAUAAUAAGAGGUAAUGCACUGUAAAUGGCUCCUCAAGCAGUACACAGAAGUCCUCACAGCAGUUCCAUGUCUGGCAUUCAGCUCGUCUUUACCUGCUCUGCAGUUUGAAGACACCGGCACCCUGCAGGGCAGCAGCCUUCAGAGAAACUGAAUCUGGGGAUCUGCCUCCACCUCACUUACUAACCUGAGAGGAAUUUGGCUUCAAAUGUUCAACAUCAAAGACACUGAGCCUUUGAUUUUGCAGUCUGAUUUUUUUAAGCAUAUGGAACAAAACCUGGAACAGAUUGUAUGUCUUUCCAACUACAUUUCCUACCUUGGACAGCAUGGAUGCUCUUUUUGAAUCAGGUUGACUAUCUGUCGCCUUAUCCCCUCCUUCCUGUCUCUUCAGUUGAAGGAGGGUGGGGGAUUGGUGUGGCGUCCCCUGCCCUUCCUUGUAGAGUAGGCUAGUCUAACUAGGCACCAUAGCAGUUUCUCUUUUCCAUUGCCUUGUGCACCCACCAGCUCCACCCCUCCAUUCCCUCUUUGUCUUCAUGAAAUCCUGCAAGAGCCUCAAGGAGGAGGUUUCUGUUCCGAGCCUUGGCGGGAUGUCACAGGAGGAAGGACGCAGGGUGCCGGUGACCCAGUCCUAUUUUCACUCCCCUAAUCCAGAUCUUGACCUGACGGGCAAGCUUUAUAAGCGGGAAGUUGGUGGCAAGCCUUAUUCUGUGUUGGUGGACAAUAAAAUGGCCACCAAGUCAUCCAUGGGGGAGCAGGACAUUGGUCAGUUGCCCACUCAACAUGUGACCCCACAGCAGCAUCAGCAGUAUUUCAGAGAGGGAGGCGCAGGGCAGGAAGUGGGGAUGCAGGGAUCCCAGGCUGGCAACAAUGACACCUCUGAUGAGACUGAAGAUGAGGACGAUGAUGAGGAGGAAGAAGAGGAUGAGGAUGGGGAGGAUGAGGGCUUCAAGCGUGAGCAGAUCAUUGUCGAGGUAAAUCUCAACAACCAGACACUUCAUGUAUCAAAGGGGGAAAACAAAACUGGAACCACAGUGGAUGACUCUGAGAGAGCUGGCAGCGACGAGGAUGACGACGAAGACGAUGAGGAGGAAGAAGAGGAGGAAGAGGAGGACAGCCCCGAUGAGGAAGAAGAGGAGGAUGAUGAUGAGGAAGAUGAGAUAGAGAGUCGGAGAACGAGGUCGAAGAGGGCUCGUCGUGGCGCUAGUAGCACAGCAGCUUCCAGCCAGCCGCGGAGGAAAAGCCUCAGAACAACUCUGAGCACUGCCACCUCUGGGAUGACCACCAGAGGUCGACGGAAGCACAUGGAGCCUCCAAAGAGCAAGCGCAGGCCAGUCAGAUCAGCCCCGUCAUCCGCCGGUUCAACAACGACAGGAGGGAAAGCAGAGGUGGAGGAGAAAGAGAUGCUGGCGUGUGAAAAGUGCCCCCGAGUGUUCAACACGCGCUGGUACCUGGAGAAGCACAUGAAUGUCACACACAGGCGAAUGCAGAUUUGCGACAAGUGUGGCAAAAAGUUUGUCCUGGAGAGUGAGCUGGCCUUACACCAGCAGACUGACUGCGAGAAGAACAUCCAGUGUGUCUCUUGCAACAAGUCUUUUAAGAAGCUAUGGUCACUGCAUGAGCACAUUAAGAUUGUGCAUGGUUAUGCAGAAAAGAAGUUCUCGUGCGAAAUCUGUGAGAAGAAGUUCUACACUAUGGCUCACGUCCGUAAGCACAUGGUUGCUCACACUAAGGACAUGCCAUUUACCUGUGAGACAUGUGGGAAGUCAUUUAAACGCAGCAUGUCUUUAAAAGUCCACUCACUCCAGCACUCUGGAGAAAAGCCCUUCCGUUGUGAGAACUGUGACGAGCGGUUCCAAUACAAGUACCAGCUGCGCUCCCACAUGAGCAUUCACAUCGGACACAAACAGUUCAUGUGCCAGUGGUGCGGCAAAGACUUCAACAUGAAACAGUAUUUUGAUGAGCACAUGAAAACACACACAGGAGAGAAGCCUUUCAUUUGCGAGAUCUGUGGGAAGAGCUUCACCAGCCGGCCCAACAUGAAGCGCCACCGCCGUACCCACACCGGGGAGAAGCCCUAUCCCUGCGAGGUGUGCGGCCAGCGUUUCCGCUUCUCCAACAUGCUCAAAGCACACAAAGAGAAGUGUUUCCGGGUCACCAGCCCUGUGGUCCUGCAGACCAGCGGCCCACCUGUGCCUGUCCGCAUCUUUGCUAACACCUUCUCCUCCUCUUCCUCCAUCUCUGGUCCGAAUCCCUCAGCUGGCACCCCUGCCACCACCUCAGCACCCCUGGGCCUCAACCCGACAGGAGGGGCCAUGCCUCCACGAGGCCCUGUUGGACACACAUUCUCCCACGUACAGCUCCAUUCAAACCCCUCUCACCAUCAUCCCCACCCCCCAACAACCCAGCAACACCUCUCAAGCACACCCCAACAUGUCCCGUCUCACGCCCACCACCACCUGGCUGUGCCGCCGGUCUCCCACCUGCCCCCACCCCCGGCCCUUUUUAAGAGUGAGCCCUUAAACCACUGUGGGCACGAAGACAGCAGCUACCUGCACCACAUGGCUCCCCCUGACAAGGGCCCCGGAGCCCCGCAGCACCACUAACCUGUGCUCCAGUUCUGCAGGCCCACACCAAACUGCGCCUUGUUCCUCCUCUUCUCAUAGUCCUGCCUCAGUCUCAAAGUUUCAAGGCCCCAUAUGAAAGGGAGCUCCUCUCAAACAGAUUUAAAGUCAAGCUACCAUUCAGACUUAUACACCCUCAGUGCACACAUUAUUUAGGUAAGAGCCCUACUUAAAUACCCUGCUCAACUGACAGUUUUUUUCUUGAACAUUUUCUUAGGAAAUCUACACAAAAUGAUUUCUGUGCGAGUUCUCUCUGUACAUUGAUGGGUGUAAAGUUUCUCCUUUUCAUCAAAAGCUGCUGAUGGAGGUCGACGUAUAUGUAUUACCUGGAACUCAUGGAUCAUCAAGGAUCAGUGUCAUUGAACUUUCCUCUUUAUGUCAAGUGGACUUACGGUUGCACAUUGAUCAGAGGUCUCUGUGCAGUUCCUCCCCAUAGCAAUACUCAACCUGUCCUCUUUGUAGUUUUACUGUAGAGCCUCGCCCCACAGAAAUGUUUGAAUGUUGUACCUGUUCUACCUGAGCCUCUCCCUGUGCUGAGGCUUUCCGCUUGAGAGGCUACAGCCGUAGUGCAAGACGCAGUGCCAUAGGUCACAGUAAGAAGGGGAGAGGAAUUUUUAGUAGGGGACAUUGGAAAACAGGUUUUGUAAAUGGUUAGUUGAAUCUAGACUUAGUCUCAGAUUCACAUCAUAGUUAAAUGGUGCUUUCCAUUCCAGUACAUACAAUAUUUCUUAAUUUUUGCUUUUCCAUUCGAUUUUCAGAGGUGUCAUAUUACAAAAUAUCAAUGUAUUGUGUCAGCCUGGCUUUUCUACAAUGGAAUUGAGCUUUGAACUAGAUAUUUUGUGGUCAAGAAAACUCAAAUUAUGCAGGACGUGCACCCUCACACUUACGCAAGCACACACUCAAAAAACACAAAGACCAUAUGGUCACUGAUUGACUUACUGUGAUCAGUGCAACCUCAGCUCUCAGUACUGUUGGUCAACAGAUGCUUUUAGAUAACAGAUGACUGUCAAAUACUGCCACUGUGAGGGGCCAGACACAUGGCCCCAUCAGGAUUUACCCCACUUCCCUUCGCUGCUGUCGAAAUGAUACGGGUUACCAUGUGAAAGGUCAUUUGACACACUCAGUAUACACACUUGGGACCUUUUUUUUCAUCACACUUCUUAACAGGCAAUUAUGCAUAUUCCUCUCAGCCUAUAUUCCACGGUUUGGUGUGGGGCGUUGUCGUUAUGUAAAGGUUUGUUUUUUGACAUUCAUCGUACUGAUAUACUUUGAUCCACGCAGGCAAAACCGUCUCUAAACCUGUUGAAUGUUGCCUACGUAGAAUGAUGGCUGAUGAGUCUAUAUAUGUUUUUGUUUUUUGUUUUGUUCUUUUAAUGUUAUCUGAUAGUUUUAAGCUAAUUAAUGGUUCUGCAGUGUAGAUAUACUGUUGUUAGCACAUGAUAGGAAAUGUCAGGAUAAAAGGCAGUGGUCAUACAAGUUCUAAUACUUGGAAUUCUUGUAUAGAUAAGCAUACAUGUGAUCAAGUCAGUGUAAGAAAUUACAUUUAUUAAUGUAAUAGCCGAUGGUGUGAAUGUUAUUUGUUUUCAAUAAGCAUAAUGGGUUGGUGAAUAUUUGGCAUGAGUUUGAGUUGUGCAGUUGUUAGCCUCUCACCCAGUCUGACAGCUAUCAGAUGUGUGCUGGGAGCAGUAUGUAUGUGCGUGUGAAAGAGAGUAUGUAUGUGCGCAUGCAUUAGUCUCUACCAGUCUGUCUGUCUGGUUGUUCCCAGUGCUCUUCUACCAAAAGCUGCUUUUACACAGUGUGCCCCAAUGUAUCUGUGUUUGGGGAUACCUGAAAUGAGCAUAGCAGUAAAUUUUAAUAUGAUCCUCUUUCCACCACUCUAAUGAUAUUCACUCUGAAGUGGUUAAGCUCAGUAGUUUAAGGAUGUCUGUAUUUUUGAUUUGAGACCUGCAAUUAUCCUGCCAUUUCUGUGGGUCUUAACACGGCUGCAUUACUUGCUUACCUUCCUGUCCCCCCUCUGGUUCACUGCUGUGCUUCAGCAUUUUUUUUUUUUUUUGCAGUAUGGAUCUUUGUCAUUUUAUUUUAUUAUUUUUUUUAAAAGCCUUUUCAUUUGUGUGUUUUCUCUGCACUUUACUGCUGCGUGGGUGAGGCGCAGGGAAGGGAGGGACUGACAAUGCAUUGUGGAACCGAGUGCAGUUGUGGCUGCAUGGGAAAAGGGUGGAGGUGAUUAUUUUUGAGUGGAUGUUUUUAGGCAAGGAAAGGAGGAGAACACCGGAUGGAGGCGGUUAGUGUGGAAGGGACCAUAGCAAACGAAGGACAUGUCCUUUUUUAGUAUGCGCAUACAUUUAAUUUCCUAUUUUUUCAAAGAAAUACACUUGCUCCAACAUGGACCUCCCCCUCAAACUGAAAGCGAUGUUCCUCCCGCUUUGGCGACUUUACACUAGCCGCUCCAAGCUACGUCUGAAACCCUUUUUUCUGUUCUAUCUAUUCACGCAGUUUCUCUCCUUGUCAUGUCCCGUUUGCAGAAUGAUUCUCCUCCUCCUUUCUUUGUUAUAUAGAAUGCACUUUCUACUAAAAAAAACUUGGCUAGUUAAGAAAAAAUAACAUUGUAUAUUCUUUAAAGAUGUUUUAAAAAAAAUCAAUAUACUUUUUCCCCUUUGUAUUUUUAACCACUUAAUGUAGCAUUGCGUAUUUUAUUAUUGUAUCUGGUACAAAAUGUGCAGCUUUAUAAUGUCCUGGUUUGUCCUUUUUUUGUAUGUUAUCUGGAGAUUGAGGAGAAGUGAAAAAGUUGGGCCUUUUUUGAUAAUGUACAUUUAACUGACUGCUAACUUUGAGAAGUAAAAACAAGUAGCCAUGA